UGGCAGCACUGCAUCAAGUAUGGCGGUUGAUACAAAGUUCCUGUAAAUUAUUGUGAUUUGUUCGUGUGAUAGUCACAAAACUGCAACGCACAUUUACAUUUUCUUAUAAGAGUUGACGUAAAAAAUGGCAGCAGUAAGUCACUUUAAGAACCAACUGCAGUUCAACCUAAAUGUUCCACCUGUGGCAUCUAAUCUGGCUAUGAGAUUUCAGAAGCCAGAGGCAAUUGUGGUUGAAAAACUAUCCUCCAGUCCUCCCAGGAGGCCUCCACUGUUGACCACAGCCACACCACCAAUUCAGCCUGCUUCAGCUUUCAAGUUUUCUGUGGUGUCAGAAGACAGUUUGACUGCAGCAGUGAGACUUGCUAAAAGGGAUUUGAAAAAGAAAAAAAUUGAGGAACAGUUUUAUCUCUCUAGUUUGGCACAUGAGGCAAAACAGACAGAGAAAGCUCAGAAAACACAGAUUCCUAAGGUCAAAGUUAAAAAGAGCAAAGAAUAUAGAGAAAAAGUACAAUCUAGACAAGAUGAUGUUAAUGAAAAGCCACUUGUACUGCGAGAAAAAGAUGCAAAGAACAAAAGUGUGAAACAGGCUAAAAUACAAACACGUUCUAAAGUAAAGAAAACGACAGAUGAUGCUGUCCCAAAUAUUAUUGUUCACAUGGGCAAAAAAUCUUUGCCAGUAUCAACACAGUCCCCACCUACACGAGACACUGAUGGCUAUGUUCCUAUGGUAUCUCCAAGUGCUCGACAUGCACAGGAAAUAAGUAGGCUAAGAACUGAAUUACAGAGAUACAUGGAACAGAUUAGGAAAAGUGAGAAUCGGAAUGAGAAUGUCGCACCACAUGUAGAAAAGACAGAUGAUGUGGAUGAACAAAGACGAGCUAAGAGAGAAGGAGAACGUGCUUCUCGUACUUCCAGAAUGCUUUAUGUACUUCAACAACAAGUGAGAGAGAUCCAAGAAGAGCUUUCUAGGAUAGGACCAGAAAAAGUGAAACACAAUAAAAAGAGCCGGACACUCCAUCGUCUUGCUGCAGCUCACCGUGGUGCGGUGAAGGCUAUACAGGCCUAUGUAAAUCAUCUACCUGAAGAAGAAACCCGUCAUGGCAUGCCAAAACUGUAUCAAGAACUUGCCCUGCUGAUACGACAGCUUUCACUUUGCUGUGCAGAGCUUGAAGUUGGAGGAGAGUCUGGGGUGCCAGAUGUGGUCAAGAACAUACUGGGUCAAGCAGGGGAUUUAAAUGAGUCUAUUGAAAAAGAACUCCAGUCUUCCCCACUGUCUCCAAAGGCAAGGCGAGCAUUACGCGAUCAGUCUGAGAAACAAAUUUCUCCUGUCAGUAGGCAGUUGUUUCCAGAAGAGGCCAUGUCAGCCAGAAUAGGACCUGCCACUGUGGCAAGACUAAGACAAGACAUGAGAUGGAGAGAUGUUGAUGAUACCCCUGAUCGUGAUAGAGUUCUAAGAGCUGGCAUUGAGGCCCUGGAAAGAGCUUCUAGAAAUAAUCCUGCCAGAGAUCAAAGACCAGUAAAUCCACUAGUGAAAGAAGUUAUAAGUCAUGAAAGAAGGCCAUGGCAGCAGUCAGGAAGAGGACUUGGGGAAGAAGAUAUUACUGGUAUUGGUGGUGAAACUUGGAAUGCUCCUUUUGAUAUAAGAGAUAGAGGUGCUGGAGUGAGAGCAGGUCAAACAAGAUCUGUUAAGAAAAGUGUACUGCUUCCGUCUAAACUUCAGACACAGAGAAUACAGGCACAGCAUCAAGCAGCACCAAUUUUAAACCAGGCACAUUUUGCUGAACACACAUACGCAUCUAGAGCCAAAGUAGUUCACUCUCCUCGGCAGUAUAGGGAUAGAACAGGCAGUGCACAUUCUCCUAGAAGCUCAAGUGCACCAGCAAGUCCAGAGAGACACAUGCACAGAGGAGAAUAUCCGGACUAUCCCAGACCUAGAAGCCUGUCUUCUGACAGGAGUCCCAGAAUUGGAGACAGGAGUCCACGAUUAGGAGAGAGAAGGCCAUGGCUGGAUGAGAGAAGCCCAAGACCAAUUUUAAGAAACCCAAUGACUCCAUACAGAGAAAGAGAAAUUAGAAGACAACUGUGGCUUGAUAGAGAAGCUGCUAGGCAGACCAGAAAUACAGAGAUGGCCAGACACUUAGAGCUUGAUCGCUUCAGAAAGACCAGAGCCGAAAGACAACAGGCAAGAGAACUGGUAUCUGAAGCUGAGGCUGAAAUUAGGAGAAGAUUACAGCCAUUACUAAAGCAAGCCCAGGAAAUAUCGGAAACUCAUGCAGCAGAGCAGAGGUUAAGUCAGCAGUCUCUUAGACACCGGCUGUCAGACAAAAUCACAGAACAGGUGGAAGUGAAUACUGACAUUUUGAGUGACAUGAUUUUGAGUGAUAUUAUCCGUGAUACUGCAGAGGAACUAGAGGACAUCAGAACGAAUAAAAAAAUGGAAGGACAAAGGCACUCUAACUUGGAAAGCAUGCUUCACAGGCUAGAACAAAUUGAGAGUGAAAGAGACGAAAUUAGGAGAAGAUGGACAACAGUUGAUUACAAUGAUGCAGCCUCUAGAGAAGAAGAAAUAGAAGAUGUACCUGUGCUGCCACAGCACCCAGUUCCUAUUCAUGUCAGCAAGUCUGACCAGGAGCAACAGAGACGGCAGGCCAUGGCUUUCCUGCAGCCUGUACCACAGACUCGUAGGCAAAGCAGCACUCCAGAGAGGAGCAACCUAAAAGAUCUUAUCGUCUUCACCAAGAAAACCCAAGACAGAGAUGCUGCACAUAGAUUAUCUCAGAUGACAUGGGAACAAAAGGAGGGUUCGAUAGCACCAACAAUAAACAAAGUAAAGUUGCAUAUGCCACAAGAACAGGUGGAGAGUAUCAAAGAAUACAGAGAACAGUUUGAAAGGCAUCUAAAACGAGUAUCACACCAGGCUGUUGGUAAAUUUGACCCAUGGAAACUGGUUGAGGACAUUGCUGAUGAGAUUGUGGACAGCUGUGUAGAAGGAGUUGCUCAGGAACUGGACAACAUCAACAGUGAGAUAGCAGGUUAUGUGUUCAGUACAGAAUUUGCUGCUCCACCAGUAACCAGACCACCUCUAGUAAGUCAGGAGGUGCAGGUCCAGUCAAAACUACACCCCAACUUCCAAGGGGAGAAGCAAUCUGCAGAGCAAGAUGACGAUCUACGCCAAGAGAGAAAAGCAAAGCAAUUUAAAUGGCCCAACAACUCGACUGAAGAGGGCAGUAGAAAUGAAGAGUAUUUGAAGCAGUCACACACAGACAGAUCCCCAACCUCUGUGUCAACCUAUUCUCAUUCAUCCAAGGGUGACUCAAAAGGCAAGUCUUCUCAUUCUAGUCUCAGUGGUAAGAUGUCCAUGGGUGAAUUGGACAAGUCGGCUGGUUCUCACAAUCAAAGUUCAAAAAAGGAGAACCUUGAGAAGGACGAGUCUAAGAGGUCUGAGAAAUCUAAGUCUGAAAAAUCAGGGAAAUCUAAAUCGGAGAAGUCACAGAGUAGCAGGUCAAAAGAUGUGAAGGAAGUCCUCAAAUCACUAUCAGGAACAAGUUCACAGUCGAAAAGAUCUGAAGACAUUAAAUCACCAUUGCAUUCCAGUGCAGCUUCUCCUUAUCAGGAUGGACAGACACCAUAUGAGAUAGGGUCACAUGCAAGCUAUUCACAAGAUAAUGAUCACGUUGAAGAAAAACUAGAAAAUAAAUCCAAGGCGUCAGGCAGACAUUCUGCUAAGGAAAAAGACAACUAUUCUCAAACUUCCUCUGCAGGAGUGCAGUCAAUAUCUGAAGUAAUGGAGAUUGCUGAUAACAAAAGUGAUAGAUCUGAAUUUUAAGACAGUAUUAAAUUUUAGUGUUCAGUAGUUGUUUGUCAGCUGUUUGUAUUUAAAGUAGUAGUAAAACUGAAUAUCAAUCCUACAACUGAAAUAUAUGUCUGACUACACAUAAGUUAAUAGAAUAAAUCUCACUAAAUUUGAGAGAAAGUAAUUAUAUUAAUUAAAUGUUUAUUGCAAAUAAAAA